GUCCAAGCCUUCAAGGUGAAUCCACUUUGAGGAGGUUCUCUUUUGAAUUUUGAGUUUAGUUGUAAUAUUGUGCUCCCAACUAUGGCUAAAUAUAUAUUUAGCCAUGCUCCCACCGGCCAUCAAUAAAAUAAAAUUCCUUACACAGUUCAACUGACAGCACAAUAGAACAUUAAUGUCCAUACUCCAUAUCCAUUAUUCCAUAUGGUCAAGGUGACAAGUGAUCUCUUACAAGUCUGUCCCAGCGCUUCGUCAACGAUGAAACUCUUUUUAACUGGCGCAUCGGGCUUGUUGGGUAGGUCUAUUUACGAACGUUUUCUGAACGAGCCGGAUUGGACUGUAUGCGGGAUUUCGUUCAAAAGGACAAGUCCCGGAUUGACAAAACUGAACCUACUCGAUAAAGAUGCAGUCACUAAUCUCCUUAAUACCAUUUGCCCUGAUGUAAUUGUUCACUGUGCUGCAGAACGGUUUCCAGAUAAAGUAGAAAAUGACCCUCAAGCUGCUUAUGAUCUGAAUGUUGGAGUAUCAGCUCAUCUUGCUGAUGUAGCAAAAAAUCUCAAUGUGCCAUUAUUGUAUAUCAGUACAGAUUAUGUGUUUGAUGGAGACAAAAGUCCUUAUAAAGAAACUGACGAACCUACUCCUAUAAAUGAAUAUGGAAGAUUGAAGUUACUCGGUGAAAAAGCAAUCCUUGCUGCUAAUCUAAAUAAUAUUAUUCUCCGGAUUCCAGUACUUUAUGGACCAGUUGAAAGUUUAGAAGAAAGUGCAAUUACUUAUUUGUUAAUUGGAUUAAAAAAGUGUCAAAAUAAUAAUGAAUUAUUUAAAGUCUCCAAUUAUGAACUUCGUAAUCCAUCAAGUGUUGAUGAUAUAGCACAUAUCGUGUUUAAUUUAGUAGAAAAAAAAAUUGUAUCUAGUAAUGAUAUCAGUGGAAUUUAUCAGUGGUGUGGAAAAGAAAUGUAUACAAAGUAUGAUAUGGUGGCUAAAAUAGCUAAGAAUUUUAACAUGAGUAUGAAGCAAGUAGUUCCAGUAAAUGGGCAAGGUGGAGUAAAACGCCCAUUUAAUACUUUAUUAGAUGUUUCACGUUUAAAUCAAUUAGGAAUUGGAACACAUACUAAUUUUGAAGAUGGAAUAAAAACUGUAUUAGCCAGUUGGAUUAAUAAUUAGUUUUUUUAUAAUGACUAAAUGUAAAAUAAAAUAAAAUGCAUUUAAUCUAAACUAUUUUAUUUCUCUACAAUUUUAUAAAUAUUUUUUUUAUUUUUGUAUCAUUGCUAGUUAUAAAUAAAGAAUAUAUUUUUAAAGUUA